UUAUUAGCACGUUUAUUUGUGUCAUUUAUAUGUGCCAACUUGUAAUUAUUGUCCUUCUUCCAUAAUCCCAUUUCUGAUUUUUGCUUUCAAUUCUCCAUUAAUUCUCCAAAUUAUGGAGCUUCUCUUUUGGAGAAAUGCUCAGAGAACUCCAAGAAUAGUAGUACUUGUUUCUUUAACAUUAAUCAUUCUUGGUCUUAUCCCUCUUUACCACCCUUUUAAUUUAUAUGCUGCAGAUGUUAUAGUAGUAAAUCAUUCUUCUAAAACAUCACAACCAUAUCAGACUAAGGACCAAAAGAUAAAGAUUGCGGAGGAAGACACGUGUGAUGUAUUCAUUGGAGAUUGGGUUCCUAAUCCAGACGGUCCAUAUUACACGAACACGACAUGUUGGGCAAUACACGAGCACCAAAAUUGCAUGAAAUAUGGGAGGCCUGAUACUGAUUUCUUGAAAUGGAGGUGGAAACCAAAAGGGUGCGACCUGCCCAUUUUCAACCCGUAUCAGUUUUUGGAUAUGAUGAGGAACAAGUCUUUGGCAUUUAUUGGAGAUUCAGUUGGAAGAAACCAAAUGCAGUCUUUAAUUUGCCUCUUGUCCCGGGUGGAAUAUCCCAUCGAUAUUUCUUGUGACGAUGAUCAAAAUUUCAAAAGGUGGAAAUACAUAACUUAUAACUUUACCUUAGCAGCAUAUUGGUCACCAUUCUUAGUCACGGUUAAAGAAUCAGAUCCUGAUGGUCCUAGCCACACAGGUCUUUUCAAUCUUUAUCUUGAUGAACCUGAUGCAAAAUGGAUAACCCAAAUUGAACAAUUUGACUACCUCAUCCUCAAUUCUGCCCACUGGUUUACAAGAUGCAGUGUCUACUACGAGAAAAAUCAAAUAAUUGGUUGUCGUUAUUGUGGACUCCCAAAUGUCACUGAUCUUCCAAUAAAUUAUGGUUAUCAAAAGGCACUUAAGACAACUUUAGAAGCCAUCAAUAGAUUAAAAAAUUAUAAAGGUGUUACUUUUCUUAGGACUAUUGCGCCUUCUCAUUUUGAAGGUGGUGAAUGGAAUAAGGGUGGAAAUUGUAUUAGAAGAAGGCCAUUUAGAAGCAAUGAGACAUCUUUGGAUGGUUUAACUUUGGAAUUUUAUAUGACACAAGUUGAAGAAUUUAAGGUUGCAUCUGAUGAAGGAAAGAAAAAGGGUAAGAGGUUCAGAUUAUUGGACAUGACACAAGCCAUGUUAUUGAGACCAGAUGGUCACCCUAGUAGAUAUGGACAUUGGCCUAAUGAGAAUGUGGUUUUGUAUAAUGAUUGUGUACAUUGGUGUUUGCCUGGUCCUAUUGAUUCUUGGAGUGAUUUUUUGCUUCAUAUGUUGAAGUUGGAGGGCAGGAGAGCCCUUGAGGAAAGUCUUCAACUAAAUUUAGUAUGCUGCUAGACCAAGGUGCAGACGGGAGAGAUGAAUAUCAAGUGAAUCAUGCACAUAGCAGGCUAAUGGCAGAAUGUUGUUCGAAUGCGAAAGGCUAGUAUUCCCAUGCGAGUUGGAAUUCCCGGAAGAUCAUGUCCAUGUCCUAAAAGGAAUACGCGUAUUGAAGGACUUCAUGCACCAAAAGGAAUUUGUAUUUAUGGAAAAGAUUUGUAUGGAGAAAGAAGGUUGAAGAGUUGGAAAUAAAUAAGGAAAUCGAAUCUAAAUAUGGGAGGUUUUCCUUAAUCAAAAUAUUCUAGGUUUUGGAGCAUUAAUUAAAGAAGAUUUUUUGCCAACCUUGCACCUAUAUAAGAAUCCACUUCAUGACUACUACCAUUGAGAGAAAUUAUUGAAAAAACUUUUGACAGCAAGCACAACAAAAAGGUACUUCUGAAGAUUCAAUCAAACCAACUAAAGAACCAUUUCUUUAAGAAGAAGCUGCUCGAGUUCUCUAGUUGUAGGUUAUUUUUGAAAUUUUUUGUAAGUUUUCUGGGUUAGAGUUAGUUUGAAAAUGAUUUGCUACAAUUGGUUUGGUUGUAUGGAUUAGGGUACUAUAGUUAGUCUA